AUGUAUGACAAGUACCCAAAGGGCCAAGCCAGAGGCAGGUACUGGAAACAUCUCAAGCAGAUCAUCCAAGCCGAAAAUUACCACAACUACCCCCCUGAAGAACCCAACUAUGUUAAUAUUGAGACACCACCCUCUAUGCAUCCAUGCAAAAGAAUUUGUGAUAUAACAGGAUAUGAGGCACCUUACUUUGAUCCAAGGACCAAUAUGCGUUUCGCGAAUGCUGAUGUCUUCAAGCUGAUAAGAUCACUUCCGAAUGAGUAUGUUCAGAGGUACCUGGCUCUGAGAAAUGCAGCAAUUGUUCUAAAGUAGUUGGAUAUUAUCCAAGAAAUCAGGGGCAACCAUAUUGUUUUGUGAAUGAACUUGCACUGCAAAUUGAAAUAUGUUUAUUAAACAUUUUGUGACCUAUUCUUGGGGAUGCUUACAUCAUUGUGUAUGCUUGUUAAAGGAAUGGAGAUCAUUCUUCUUUGCC